AAAUUGAAUACUCGGCGAAAGAAUAGAUUUGUGUUGUGUAGAUUUGAGCUUCAAGCAUUAAAAGUGAAAUAAAGCAAUACCUUUCAGCAGGUCCCGUAACGGAUUAACGAAACAGUCAACCUGCGAGUUAAGGGGGAGAAGACAUCGUGGGAAGGUAUCAUGGAUCAAGACUAUGAGUACAGGCUGCUCAGACAGAUUAAUAUCCAAAAUGAGAACGCAAGCCCCAUAAAAGCUGUGGGAGCAGUGCGAUCUCUGACACCCACCAGCUCCCCGCUGUCCUCCCCUAGCAAGCAUGGUGAUCGCUUCAUUCCCUCCCGGGCUGGAGCCAACUGGAGUGUCAACUUCCACCGCAUUAAUGAAAUUGAAAAGUCACACAAUCAAAACAGGAAAACCAAAGAUGGCACCACCGACAGCAACAAAGCGGAUGGGUUAGCCUAUUCAGCUCUGUUGAAGAAUGAACUGCUUGGAGCGGGAAUCGAGAAGGUCCAGGACCCCCAGUCCGAGGACCGUCGUUUACAGCCAUCAACCCCUGCCAAGAGGAGCCUUUUUAGUUAUUCUGUAAGCACAAAGAGGGCUUUGCCAGAAGAAGAUGGAAACACUGUUUCUCCAUAUUCUCUAUCACCUGUUAGUAGCAACAGCCAGAAACUGUUACGGUCGCCAAGAAAGCCUACGCGGAAGAUUUCUAAAAUUCCUUUCAAAGUUCUGGAUGCCCCGGAGCUUCAAGAUGAUUUCUACCUCAACCUGGUGGACUGGUCUUCCCUAAAUGUGCUCAGCGUUGGACUGGGCACCUGCGUAUACCUGUGGAGUGCCUGUACCAGCCAGGUGACACGUCUUUGUGACCUUUCUGUAGAAGGAGAUUCUGUGACGUCAGUUGGCUGGUCAGAGAGGGGUAACCUGGUAGCAGUGGGCACUCAUAAAGGCUAUGUCCAGAUCUGGGAUGCAGCAGCAGGGAAGAAGCUCUCUGUACUAGAGGGACACACAGCCAGAGUAGGUGCUUUGGCAUGGAAUGCAGACCAGCUGUCGUCUGGGAGCCGUGAUCGGAUAAUCCUGCAGCGGGACAUCAGAGCGCCACCUCUGCAGUCAGAGCGCCGUCUCCAAGGGCAUAGACAGGAAGUCUGUGGUCUCAAGUGGAGCACAGACCACCAGUUGCUGGCGUCAGGUGGAAAUGAUAACAAGCUACUCGUCUGGAACCACUCGAGCGUGCUGCCUGUACAGCAGUACACAGAGCACUUGGCUGCAGUAAAAGCCAUUGCCUGGUCACCUCACCAGCACGGGUUGCUGGCUUCUGGAGGCGGCACAGCUGACCGCUGUAUCCGCUUCUGGAACACCCUGACCGGCCAGCCCUUGCAAUGCACUGACACCGGCUCGCAGGUCUGCAACCUGGCCUGGUCCAAACACACAAACGAACUGGUCAGCACACACGGUUAUUCCCAGAACCAGAUUCUGGUGUGGAAGUAUCCCUCUCUAACUCAAGUGGCCAAACUCACAGGACAUUCCUACAGAGUACUCUACCUGGCCAUGUCGCCUGAUGGGGAGGCCAUUGUGACGGGGGCUGGAGAUGAAACACUGAGGUUCUGGAACGUCUUCAGUAAGAUGAGAUCCACUAAGGAAUCAGUCUCUGUGUUAAACUUGUUCACCAGGAUCCGAUAGUCUGCACUGUGGGGAACUAAAGAAGGGAAGAGUUUAACUCUGCAUGUCUAAAGUUGUUUUCACCUCAGUCAUCUUCUGAGGGCCACCUCGACUGCUCUUAGUUUCUUCAGCCAAGUUUUAACUGAUGGAGGGAGGUGGUGGAGAGAUCCACUGCCUAACUGUUGAGGGCUGGGAGGUGCAUGCAGCACAUCCAUUUCCCCAUUAAUGACGGAGACACUGCCUCCUCCAGCAGACUUGCGAUUCAUGACGACCAGGAGAAUUAUCAGCCUGUUUUGCGUGAUUUUGCGUUUUUAUUUUGGUGUUGUUGUUUUUUUUUUUGUUUUUUUUUUUUACACUGAUAUUGUGCAUACCUGCCAAAUAUUGAGUUUGUCCUUUUUGAUUGUCUAUUUAUUUCCUUUUUUCUUUUAUUUCUCCAUAUUCCUACAAGGUUAUUGUUAUUUCCAGUUGAAAUCGUUACUUAAAUGAGAAAAUCAGGCAAAAAAUACUAAAUUAAAAUAACCUGGAAACCAUUAUCAGUGUAGUUUAUGUUAACAAAGCGUGCAAGUUUUAAAAAAUAAUAAUAACGAUAAGUGAUUAAAGCAGAUGGUGGAAUACCAUGGUGUCUUGGACUUCUGCUUUGAGCUGUCUAACAAUAUUCAGGCUGUUACUACUUACCAGUUCAAGCCAAUUGUGUGUUUAACAGUUGGGCUCGUGUGCUUUUUUUCCCCCCCAUUUGAUAAAGAUUUAAUUUCUACCAUAUUUCUUAGUAAUUGUUGUCUGAAUGCCUGAGUUCACUUGGUGUGCUGCAUUUAAAGGAAUGCUAUUUAUUUGUUUUGUUGAAAUUUAUAGUACAGAGAUGUUUGUUUACUAAAUUUAUCAGAGCAGACAUGAGAGGCAGUUUCUCUGUGAAACUCUGGAAAUUUCUUAUAUUGCCACUUCAAAAACAAUGCUGCCAACUUAAAUUGCAGAAAGAAUGUUUAAAAUGAAAAUAUUUCUGUACUUGGACUUGUUAAACAAUUAAACAAUCAUAUCUUGUAA